AUGUCACCCAAUCCCGAACAUAGUGCUCCGGCACAUACCGAUCCUCCGGCUGCCGACGCCGAACAAAAGUCCGACUCGAGCGCCCCGGCUUCUCCUCCUCCGGCUCCUGUCCCCUCAGCCGACCCAAGGCUCUUUCGACAAAUAACACAACAAACCACCGGGGGCUCCGACGAAGACGUUGAUGACAUCUAUAAAGUCUCUCCCCUAGCCGCCCUCAAGCUCCUCAGUGCCGGCAUCGAGACCCUCGUUUCCCUGACCGGCGACAUCCCGCCCACUCCGCCUCCACGAUCCCCAACCAUCCCUCACAUGCGCGGCAUGGAAGCCGAGAAACAGAGCAUCGUACGGUCCAAUUCCAACAAGAACCUCGCCAGCCUUUUGCAGAACGCGACCAAUUCCCCACGGAGACCCUUCAGCCCGGCGCCGCAACGGCAUCCCCAUCCACCGCCUUCAAGAGAGGGCCACAAAAAGUCGGAAUCAAUAGACGGCGUCCAGCUCCGCACCCCUAACCCGACCCCACCACCGGCCAAUGCCAAUUCCUCGUCGCACGACAACCUCCAGCCCUACAUCAUCGUCGGCGAAAACUCCCAACCGCUCAACACCCAACACUCGGCCAUAACCCGCAAGUUCUACUCUCGCCUGCCCCCGCCCAUCUCCAUAACCGAUUACCUCCUGCGCAUCCACCAGUACUGCCCCAUGUCCACGGCUGUCUACCUUGCCGCGUCGCUGUACAUCCACCGUCUGGCCAUCAUCGAGCGCGCCAUCGUCGUUACCAAGCGCAAUGCCCACCGUUUACUUUUGGCAGGUAUACGAGUCGCCAUGAAAGCUUUGGAAGAUCUGAGUUAUCCGCAUACCAAGUUCGCCAAGGUCGGUGGAGUGUCAGAGACGGAGUUGGCGCGGUUGGAGAUCAGUUUCUGCUUCUUGGUCGGGUUUGAGCUGAGGGUGGACGAGGAGGCGUUGAGAGGACAAUGGGAGAUGUUGAAGUCGGGUGUUGAGGCGUGGGAAGGGGUGGAGCAUGAUUUGUAUGGGAAACGAGAGGUGAUUACGUUGAGGAAUCCGCCGCCGGGGAGGCACCAGGCUGAAGCUGCUGCUGAGGCGUGA